AUGUUUUCAUUAUUAUGCAAAACAUUGCCUUUAAAAAAUCAUUUAAAUUAUAGUAAUAAUAAUUUAAAGAUUAGAAACAUAAGCUUAACAUUAUUUAACUGCAAACAAACUAUUGAUCGUUCAAAAGUACCUAUUCUUAAUGAAAAUGAUCUUGAAGAAAUGUUUGUGAAGGGUAGUGGACCUGGAGGUUCAGCAGUUAAUAAAAAUUCCAAUUGUGUUGUAUUAAAACAUAAACCUACUGGUAUUGUAAUUAAAUGUCACGAAUCUAGAUGUGUUGAAGACAACAGAAAAAUAGCUCGAGCAAAACUUAUUGAAAAACUAGAUGUAAUAGAAAAUGGCAACGAGUCACUUGCAGAACAAAAAAAAGCAAUUGCUGAAAAAAAGAACGCACAAAAAGAAUGGAAACGAAAAAAAUUAGAAUCCUUAAAAAAAGAUUGGAUUGAAAGAGAAAGUAGUUUUAAGCCUUAA